AUUCAAAAACUUCCUUCCCCAAUUUCACCAAUCGAGUAGCAGCAGCAGGACGACGACGAUGGAUUUCAGGCUGGCCGGCUUCGAGUCCCCGCUCUUCACCACCCUCCACCAGCUGAUGGACGUCCCCGACGAGGCCGAGAAGUCCUUCAACGCCCCCACCCGCACCUACGUCCGCGACGCCCGGGCCAUGGCGUCCACCCCCGCGGACGUCAAGGAGUACCCGGGCUCCUACGCCUUCGUCAUCGACAUGCCGGGGCUCAAGUCCGGGGACAUCAAGGUCCAGGUCGAGGAGGAGAACGUGCUGGUGAUCAGCGGCGAGAGGAAGCGCGAGGAAGAGAAGGAGGGGGCCAAGUACCUGCGGAUGGAGCGGCGGGUCGGCAAGUUCAUGAGGAAGUUCGUGCUGCCUGAGAACGCCAACACGGAGGCAGUCUCCGCGCUGUGCCGCGACGGGGUGCUGACUGUCACGGUGGAGAAGCUGCCCCCGCCAGAGCCGAAGAAGCCGAAGACGAUCGAGGUCAAGAUCGCCUGAAGUGGGGCUCAUGGAACUAAGCUACAGUGGCUCCGGUGAGCGAGUCUUAUGGACAAUGAAGAAUAAUGAUGGCCUAGUUUGCU